ACAUCCUGCUGUCAAGGAUGUAAACUGUGUGCUGCUAUUUUGAUUGCCGGCCUUUAUUCUUCUUUCUCAACAUGCCUGCAGCAAUGCACAUCACUGUGCUGGUGGCCCUGUAUGCAGUGGCUGUUUGUAAAGGCAGCACCACUUCUAGUGCAGCCACACAGCUAUCAGAGACAACCACAAGUGCUGCACAACACACCAGUCUGACUGCAACCACCACCGACAGUACACAACCUCCUCCAACAACGACACAGCAGAUUAGCACAGCAUUCGCUUCAGAGAAAGCGACAUCCUCCCCGGCGCCCUCCACCUCCCCACAAACACACAACGGGACACAGGCGACACAUUUCAGUGUCACUCCUCCUCAGACUGCAACGUCCAACAAGACAUCAAAUGAGACGACAUCCCACGAAUCGACACUCGCAUCGGCGUCAGAAUCACCAAACGUCACUGCAACCACCGCAGCAAACACGACCAGCUCAGGCCUUCCACAGGAGUGGGACAAGGACGAUUUAGAAGAAAAUCCUGGCCUUGUGGCCGUCCUUUGCAUCUUCUGUAUCGUCUUUGUCCUCGUCCUGGUGGUUGUGACUGUGAGAUGCAUCAGAUCGUCGGGCAACAACUUUGAGAGGCUUGAGGACGUGCCGAUGAGCAAAAUGAACGAGCAGUCCCCAUUUGCUCGGUACUCAAAAUGACGGAGGACACUUCAUCCGGCGCUGGAGGAGGAUUCCGCUCUGCUGUACAACAGAAAAACAACAGAAAAAAAACAUGAUCUCUCUCUCUCACGCUCUCGUUACUUAACAAAGCACUUUUUUCAUUGACUGUGGAGUAUUUCUGGCCUAUCUAUGACCUUUGACCUUUGUUUUUGUUGCUUCUAAUUCUGGUUAUUGAAGCGAAGUCAGCCAAGUACAAAAGUGCAUGUAAAAUAUAACUUGUAAGUUAUUGAUUGCCAAUUAUGAUGUAUAAAAAAUGUCUACCAUGGCCUUUGAUGUAGACUGUAGUCUUAUCCUAAGAGAUAACCUCAGCUGUUGAGCCUCAUUUCAGCCGGAGAAGUGAGGAAAAAUAACCUAAUAGAAUUAUUAAGGCCAAGAAACAUUAAGACUGCCAACGAACCAUGGAAAGAGAUAUAGUGUACUUUGGUCUGCUCAGUUGUUAAACUGUAUUAUUGGUCAAUUACAUUAUUUCUGUCUUUAACAAAAAAUGAAACUUGUCGAAAAAAGUCCAAUUUGAUUCCUCUGGCCAUACCGCUUGACAUAGAAUGUUUCCACAUAUCUUCUGUGUUUGGCAAAGCUGCUAUCAUUUAUUGAUUUUAAUUCUGUAAACAUACAGUACAUCUCUCUCUGACCAAGACACAUUCUUCCCUAUACAAUCCAAAAUAAAAUAUGACUACUUUCAUAUUUUGCUAUGGUAAAUAUGCCCCAUAUUUACCCAAAAAAAUCCUGAUCACGAUCAUCACCUUGUCUCUGUGUGCGUAACACACACUUGCUGUCAGACAUGUAGAGCACAUCGUUUUCAAGGAAAUAAAAGCAAUAUUCGAAAUUCA